AUGAGUCUGAUAUCCUUUUCAGGGCUCCUUAAUUCUGUUUUUUCUUUCCCCAUUCUCGGAUAUGGCGCUAGCUUUUUGAAGGAUUCGGUAAUUUCAGUGAUGAGAACUGGUCCCGUCCCAAAACAUGUAGCAUUGAUCAUGGAUGGCAACAGGACUUACGCCCAAAGAAUGAACCUUCCACUCAGAGAUGGCCAUAAUGCCGGCGCGGAGUCUCUAGUACUGGUCCUUGAUGUCUGCUUCAGGCUCGGCGUCCACCACGUCACCAUUUAUGCCUUUUCAAUCGAAAAUUUUAAUCGCUCCCAAGAGGAAAUAGAUACGUUAUUCGAAAUUUUGCGUGACAAGUUAGAGUUAUUAUCAUUGGAAAGCAGCUCCUUUGCCCAACUUAAUAAAAUAAAAAUAAAGAUCAUAGGUGACAAAGCUUUAAUCCCAGAGGAUAUCUUAAAAGAUUUAGAAGAUGUUGAAGAAAGAACAAAAAAUUCAACAUCACCGAGGGUCCUCAACGUUUGCUUCCCUUAUACCUCGAGAGAUGAAAUAACCCAUUCCAUUAGGGAAAUUGCAACCAAAGCUCAAGCAGGUGAAAUCCAAGAUAUCAAGAAUAAUAUCGACUUAAAGUUAUUACACGAUUCAUUGUACAUGGGCGAGGAAGCACCCCCACUCGACCUAUUAAUCAGAACUAGUGGCCACACUAGACUAAGCGACUUUAUGCUCUGGCAAUGCAAUGAAAAUUGUACCAUCGAGUUCGUCAAAACUCUAUGGCCAGACUUCAAGUUUUUAGGUAUAACCUCGUUGAUUUUGAAAUGGAUGUAUUAUAAAACGUUACAAUUGGAUGAUGAAGAGAAUGAUCAAGGCAGUACCGAGCGGAAGAUUGUCAAAAAUAUUCUUCAAGAUUUACCGCAUCCUCCAAAUAUAGUUUCGGUAACAGAGAGGGGUUAG